AAAUAAAAAAUAAAAAAUAAAUCAAAACAUUGUCCAAACACCACCCAAGACCCAACCUGUUUUAGUACUGAGGACGUGCGUGCAGUCUCCAUCCUGUCGAAAACGGACAUUUAUUCGUAGGUCCUGCAUGGUCUUUCUGGAGUUGUUUCACCAAAACUAGAUCCAAAUUCGCGUUCCUCGGUUUUCCCGAAAUGUCUGACCUCCAUGCCGGCAGCGCACAGUCUGUGAAUGCUCUCAGCUGACAAAAGCUGGAACAAGAUACCGGCAGAGAUAUUCACUACUGUCAAGGAUAGAUAUAAUAGUUUUAAUCUUUGCUAAUGUACUCAAGCAUUGCCACGGCAUAAACAUCAGGUCUAUGUCGCAUGCCAAAAAAGUAACAGGAAUUGACUUUUAACUGACGCCCUCGGCACCUUGAUCAGACACAAGCUCGUCACACUGGCCUACCUCUGUCCUCACAAGACCCAACAUGGUAAGCGAGACAGAAGGGCCGCCAGGGUCUGCAGCCAACAGCCCCUCCUUCACGUCCAGACCCUUCAUGUUCUACUUUGGAGUGGCGAUCAACUUCCUGGGCGUGGCUCUCUUUCUUGCAGGCGUAGCCUCAGACAGUUGGCUGGUCUUUGACGCUCAGGAUGACGUCACCACACAGAAGUGGACGACCGGUGUAAUUGUCAUUAGAAAGAAGCGUCUACGCAACUUCGGCCUCUGGAGCGCCUGUAGGGAGGACGGGUUGUGUGACCACCUCUGGUUGGUGGUUGGUGGGCUAGCUGUCUCUGGUCUCACCGCUAUGCUGCUGAUGGGGAAUCUCAAGCGUUCCAUGAUCAUGCACGCACCUCACACCCAGCACGUGGGUUGGGGGUUCGUGUGUACUCUCACGGGCAUUCUGCUCACGGUGGUAGGCGUCGUCUGCACCAUGCUCAAUCAACACAAAGUGCACAGCUCCGGGAUGGGACGCUUCCUACAGGUGGCCAAGACGUGGCGGAGACGACGUCCGUUACAGUCCCGAAGAG